ACUUCUUCGACAUUAUCGAAAGUUUGUAAUACUGGAAACCAUACCUUUGAAGCUUAUAUAAUCGGACCAAUUGCGAGGUAUCUUGCGGGAAAAUUACCGUCACAUUCUGAGACCAUGUCAAGGAUUACUUGUAAAGCACAAUACACUAAAGCAGAACCUAACAGAGUUAUGCCAACGUUAAAAGAACCGAAUUUAAUUUAA